GUAGAGGUUAGAGGUCAUGGUUCACAGAAAAGAUGGCGGCGCCCCGCAAAGCUGCUGUGAUUCUGAAGGCUGUGAAGAAAAUAUCGGUUCAAUUUUGUCCCUUUGAGUCCAAUGUGCGGUCCACACGAGAGUUUCUGGCCAUGGUGGGCUCAGAAAAGGUGCGAGCAACCAACAUGAACUGUGAGGUGACGUCCAUCGUGACACACGACAAGUCUGAACCUGUAGUGGACAUCACUUAUGUGGAUGGAGAGAGACUGCUGAUGAAGGGAGCAAAGUUGACCAGCGCUGAAAUGCUGAGUGCGUUCCAGUCCCGCUGCACAGCCAAGGACACACAGACAAUAGGUGGAGGAAAGAAAUGACCACACGCCUGUUGACGCAGGAAGUUGUUUGUAUUUAUACAUGUACAAUAAAAAAACUAAGUUGUUGCACAAAUA